AUGGGGAAGGCCUGUGCCCGAGGCAUGGGUGUGAGCCUUGGAAAAGUUUCACUCCACUUUACUGUGCUGGGCAAAGUAUUUCAUGAGGAGGAUAAUGCCACUGCAGCUCUGGUUGAGCUUGACCAGGAAGUCAACUAUGCUUUGGUCCCAAGGAAAAUUCUAGGAACUGGGGGGCCCUGAAAUGUUGUCUUUGUGCCCCGUUACUCCAGCGAAGAGCUUCUUAGUCGUGUUUUCCACUUCUUGGAGCAACAGGGGCAGACUGUGGACAGUGUACCUGGAGCCCUGGGUCUGGAGCUGGACAGAGUGUGCAGGCUCCAGUGUCAGUCAAUCCAGCCCUGGGUGGAAACCUUGCAGUACCAGCGCUUAGGUGUGUUUUCUGGGAAGGUCCAGCCAGCUCCUGGGGAGUAAUACUUUGAGGUCUGGCUAGACCACACCACUGACAUGUUUCAGGUGUGGCAAAGGGUCCCAGAAAGGGAAAAGAGGAGACAAUUGCUGGAGGGCUUGCGGGGGACUGCCCUGUAUCUUGUACAUGGGCUGUUAGCAGAGAAUCCAGGAAAGACUGCAGAGGACUGCCUAGAGGCCCUCAUCCGGGUAUUUAGAGACAAUGAGUCUCAGGUCACCAUCUGAAUGAAGUGUUUGACUGCUCAGCAGCAGCCAGAUGAGCAGCUCUCUGCCUUUGUGUUGAGGCUAAAAGUCCUGCUGCAGAAAGCCAUCCCGGAGGGGGCUGUAGAGAAAACCUCCACUGAUGAUAUCCACCUGAGGCAGGUGCUCACCAGGGCUAACCUGACUGAGACUCUGGAUGAAGCUCUGAGGAGAUUGAGAAUGAUUGGGAGGUCUCCUACUUUCCUGGCGUUGUUGGGGCUCAUACAGGAGUCUAAGACACGGGAGGCAAGACUAGCCAGCAACAUGGGAGCCCAGGUGUUAGAUGAAGUUGGUCAUCUGGUUCCUGCCCAGGUAGAUGGCAGAGCCAAUGCUAAGGCAGAAGAUGAGAAUGUGGAGAAGGAGGAAGAUGGGGCAAAGGAAUAG